AUGUCCUUGACCAAUGUGCGAGAGGUGCCGCUCACUUUGACGGAUGUACUGUUGUAUCCCCAAGAUAGUACCUUGUCAGAUGUGGAAACACAAACAUGUCCCCCCGUCAUCCUUCAGCGUGAGAUGGAUCAAGCCUACACCGGAAUCAACCACAAGCAAACCGCCAUCGUUAUCGAAAAUCAGGCCGCGGGGCCUGGUGAACCCAUUGGCAACCAGACGGAACGCCCAGCCGUCUGCCACGGCGGGCGUGGGAUAGUCGACGGUCAGAGUAUUGGCGCAGUCAGCAGCGAGGACGACGCUGGGCAGUCCUGCCAGGGCAAGGAAUGGCAAUGUGCGCUUCACCAUGGCGUGAGACGAUUGGCACAGGUUGGACAGGAAUUCGGAUACGGAGGAUAG